AGUCACAGAGCGGCCGGCUAUAAAUACGGCUGCGCGCGGCGCACAGUUAGACAUUGCUCCAAAAUCAAAGACAAGCAAAGAGCCGCGGGGACUCGGACCGGCACCUUCAUCUGAUCACUCCCUCUGACCUGCUCUCCGAUCCAUAUUCCACGCUGACUGUCCUAUCAUGCCGGCAAUGGCUGGAUUACGUCUGAGGCGCGUCGUGGCGGCGGCGCUGUGCUGCGCGGCGCUCGCUGCGGUCACGCUGGGGUCCCCCGUGCUGGGGCCCGAGCCGUUCCGCUGCGCGCCGUGCACCCAGGAGCGGCUGAGCGCGUGCCCCGCGGUGGCGCCCGGAUGCGCGGAGGUGGUGCGGGAGUCCGGCUGCGGAUGCUGCGUCGCCUGCGCGCUUAAGCGCGGGGAGAUGUGCGGGAUCUACACGGCGCCGUGCGGCGCCGGGCUCAAGUGCACCCCGAGACCCGACGACCCCCGGCCGCUGCACGCCCUGACCCGCGGACAGGCCGUGUGCGCCGAGGUGCCCGCGCAGGAGCCGGUCCCGGAGCUCCAGACGCAAGAUCAGGAAGAGCCGGAGGCGGAGAUGGACAACACAGCCGGCAUCUCGGACACCGGCCUCUACCUCUCCGGGCUCAGCAAACCCUACGACCCGCGGGCGGCCGCCGACGCGCAGGAGAGCAUGAAAGCCAAACUCAUCGCUAUCCGCAAGAUCUUCCCUGAGCAAGGUCCCUGUCUGCUGGAGCUGCAGACCGCCAUGGAAAAAAUUGCCAAAUCCCAGCAAAAACUUGGAGACAAGUUGACCAGAUUCUACCUCCCGAACUGCGACAAGCGUGGAUUCUACAAACCCAAGCAGUGUGAUUCCUCUCUGGAUGGGCAGAGAGGCCCCUGCUGGUGCGUCAACUCCUGGAAUGGCAAGAAGAUUUUGGGUUCCACCGACCUGCCUGUAGAUGCCGAGUGCCCUUAAAAGACAUCAGCUCUGAAAGAAUGGAAAAAGACAAAAACAAGAAGCCACUGAUUUAACCUUUUUUUUGUUUAUUUAUUAAGCUUUGUCCAUGUUUAAUUCAGGUACACUGUCCAUGUGGGACUGUGGGUUCCAGCCGCCCUGAAACCCCUUCAUUCCUUCCUCCUGCACCCGUCCCAAAGAGAAAAAAAAAUCUAUUUUUGUUUGUUCUGAAAAGGAGAUUUUAUAUUGAUGCGUUUAUUUCUACUCUUCAGCCUUAUUUAUUUCAGUGCAUUUUAUUUGUUAUUUGUAAUUAUUCAUGAGUAUUUAUAUCUUUUUUUGCCUUAUUGUUAUUUUUUUAUAUUAUUUUUAAGCAUGUAUAAAGUGUAUAUAUGGAUCUUGGCCCUGAGGAACUCCGCUACUGAGUUGCUCCGCCCUUAAGGAGUUGUUUUUGGUUUGUGACAAACCAAGAAAAGAUAAAGAAAAAAGCACUGAGUGACCAAAAGUCAUUUAUGAUUCUUUUUUUUUCUUCUGUUACAUUGUUAGCCUUUAUUUCCUCAUGCGAUACAUCAGCUGUCAUCGGUAGAUGCAAAACUCCUCGUAGGGAAUCCUCUAACAUUUACCAUGCUUCCAUGGGGCUGCAGAUAGCGCUGAAAGGUGGCCCGCUCACUGUGCCACCUCUCAAACGGGUAUUUCUACGUGUACCUACCUCCGAUAUUUACAUGUCUGCUGCCAGUUGUGUCACUGUGUCUGUUAAGAAACAAACACGAUUUGCUAUUUUUACACGUUCUCUACAGGCCAAGAACACAUGACCACAAAAAGCGAGCGCCGCAGUGAGCUGAGGUGGCUCCGCUACAUGCUGCUGUUGGGGAGAGAAUUGUUGUUUGUGUGAGUUGAUUCCAAAGUGGCUAACAGCUCACUUGUGUGUAUGUACACUUUUGUAACUGAGAUGUAAUGUAAGAAAUAAGUGAUAUAUUUAAUAAAAACAAUAGCCUCAUA